AUGCUGAGAACAAUUUCUCAACUGACUACUGCAGUUGCACAGUCUCAAGUAUGGCUGAAACGUCAGCCAGUGUGCAGCUUGUAUCGUGUAGUUGGUUGUUACGGUAGUCAGUGUAACGAUUUAUCUCGUGUUAUAACGUAUCUUCCUAAAUGUCUCGUGUUUUACCUGUACAAAACUUCGAGAGAAAAGCUUAAGCGGUCCGGUAAUACUGCUGUCAGCACAUGCAGCGAAGUAGAAGGAGAAGAAAUGGCACCGAUGCGUGUUAUUCUUAUGUCGUGUGGCAGUUAUAACCCUCCAACCAAUAUGCACCUAAGAAUGUUUGAAAUUGCCAGAGAUCAUCUCCACCGAAUGGGAACGCAUAUUGUGGUUGGCGGUGUUAUAUCUCCUGUACACGACGCAUACGCAAAGAAAGAACUCGCAAGCGCAUCUCAUAGAUGCGCUAUGUUAAAAUUAGCUUUACAUAACAGCGAUUGGAUUCGGCUGAGCAGUUGGGAAACUAGACAAAAUGGUUGGACGAAGACGAGAAUUAGUUUACAGCAUCACCAAAACUUAUUGAACUCUGUGUUAUUCGAUUCCAAUAAUGCCAAUCACUUGCCAAUGGAAGAUCUGGAAUGGAUACCAGAAAAUGUGAAAAACAGCUCUGACCGUACUCCUAUCCAAAUUAAAUUAUUGUGCGGUGCCGACUUGUUAGAAAGUUUCGGGACCUAUGAUCUCUGGGCAGAAGAAGAUAUUGAUGCGAUUGUCGGUGAACACGGUCUUGUGGUUAUUACCAGAGAGGGUUCUAAUCCUAAUAAAUUUAUAUAUGACUCGGAUAUUCUCUCCAGGCAUAUGCACAAUAUAUACAUAGUUACUGAAUGGAUUCCAAAUGAAGUUAGCUCAACUAGGAUACGAAGGGCGCUGAAGCGAGGCGAAAGUGUCAGAUAUCUCCUGCAGGAUGCUGUGAUCGAUUACGUCUAUAAACACGAGAUAUACGAUGCGAAGACAACGGCGCCGACAAUUAAGUUGGAACUGACCUCGCCGAACGCGAAUAAUUACUUGACCAUUGAUUCCAAGUAUCAAAGCACCUUUCUCACGCCGUCGCCUAGCGACGUAACCAUGGACUCCCCGAGUCCGAUCGAAAUUAUAUCCAUCGACGUACCCGACACGGUGCUCCGUAAGAAUAUCCAGAACGCGACGAACAUGGCCGCCCGUCACGGCGGCCUCGAGGAGGCGCGCGAAAAAUUUAUAAACGCCCUAGUCGCCGAGAACGGCAACGCCAAACACAUGACCACCGCGAAGGCUACGUACCCGGGUCUCGCGAAACAGAUCAUCGCCACCGAAACCGGCGAGUCGCAGAUCCUCGACGAGGUAGGUUUCGUUGACGAUGACGGAAAGGUUAGGAAGGUCGUGAGGGUCCAGCCCUGUCCUAGCCAGGUAGAGCAGGUGUCCUCGAGCGUCGUGGCGCCCGUCGAGCGGGACGAGACCGUGAAAAUCGACGUCGAGGCGAAAGGCGACGAGGGCAAAGGUCGAACGACGCUCGAGGACGACGUAGGAUUAAGUAUAGACAAAGAUACCGAUAGCAAGUCGUUGUCGCCGUCGAGCCCCUCGGUGACGUCCGCCAUUGACAACAGCGGGCGACACGAGUGCGCUCUGUCGGACUUCAGCGUAGACAAGGAGAAUUACAGAUUGACGAGAUACGGUUUAGACGACGGUACGGAGGACGAGGUCCGAGAACGAAACGAGGAUUUGAGGUUAGGCACGGAGCAGUCCGGUUCGAACGAGUCGAGCCAAAGGAACGACGUGGUCGGGCAGGACUGUUUCCAAAACGACGCCGUACGAUGUUCCAACACCCAGGUGUUGGUUCUAGUCAGCGCCAUGAUACACAACCCUUUCGAGAAAGACGGUACAUUGAUCUUGGAGGAGAACGGGGUGCAGGGUAAGGGCGAGAUUACGAUAUACAAGGGCGAGUCCGACAAGCUCAGUCUGCUGGUGCAGCCGUCUGUGCCGUCUGUGAAUAACGAGAGUUCGGUCGAGAUCCAAGAAAUAGUCGAGGAGACAGCGAAGAAAGAGGGUACGGAUGAUCCUUCCAGCUUGGACAAAUCGUCCAAGCGGGACGUCAGCCUCGAGAUAGAUGGUAAGUAUCUGAAGUCUGUCGUCAACUCCCGCAAGAGUCCCAGGAAGACCAAAAACGGCCAGAUGCGGGUGUACAGCGAGAACGAGGAGGGCAGAACCGAGAAAGAGUGCACCGAUUCGUACACCCAGUCGGAGGAGACGUUCUACAAAACGUUGUCCAAGUCCUCGUCGAGGACGAAGAGUCCCAGAGAGGGGAAGAAAGUCCACGAGUCUUCCUCGCGUCGAAACUACGCGCCCCUCAAAGGAAGCCUCGACUCGGUAAUGGUGACCAGCGACCCCAGAACAACGUCCAGGCGAAGGUCGAGAGCCGACGACUCGUUCUCGAAGAAGUCCAAGAGCUACGAGUCGAUAAAGAUAAUCCAGGAGGCGUGCUACGAGGACCCAUCCAAGGCGGACAGCACGUCGCAACUGAUCACGGCGAACGAGCUGGACAUGCAAACGGACGAGUAUUGUUCCGUCUGCUGUUACGUGAACGAGAUGUCGCUGAGGACGGAGGAGGCGCUGGGUAGCCCCAGCCAGGAGAAUUUUUACACGUUGCGUUCGAAUUGCAGCUCCCUGGGCGACGAGGACUCGACCGAGUGCGACAUCUGUAGUUCGUGGAACCUACAAGAGUCCACCGACGCGCUCGACAGGAGGAUCAUCGCCUCGACGACCGACUGCGACCAGCUGUGCGAGGUAUGCGAGGUCUGCGGUGAGAUUUGCACCGCGUUCAAUCCCGAGGAGGCGAUAUUCUCGGCGCGUGAUGCCCCCCUCCACGGCAGAACGCUCGAGUCGUCCUCGAAGAGUCUUCCGAAAGAGGCUUCCAGAAUCGUCGACAGCGCCAUCUCUUAUCCUUCGUUGGACGACGACAGUUUCGAGAUCGAGAACUGCGGUCUGCAGAGCGACCGGGACGCCGAGAAACACUCGUCGAAGGCUCUGAACUUGUUCGAUCCGUCUGCUGUCGGUAAGAAGUCGCGUGAGCAGUACUUCAUCCCCAAGGACGAGAUAGCGAUCCUGUCCAGCGGGGCCAGGCGAAUCAGUCGCAAGGCGUCGUUGAUGAAGAAGAAGCCAGAUGACUCUGCGAUCGUUUCUCAAGACAAACGACGUUACUCGUCGGUGGACAAUCUUCAGCUGGCGAAAACGUCCAGCAGGAUGAACGACAAGGUGCUCAGGCCUAGGAACAGCAAGCUGAUCGGCUCCGCCGAUAACAUACGCGCCUCGAGGACCUCCAGGCGGUGCAAGUCGCUGCAGAGGUCCGCCGAUAACGUGCGUUACGUGGACUCGUCUACGGACAACCUAGACUCCCUGAUAGAGGGCCUGGAUAGAGAGGACGAGGGCCAGGACUCUGUCGAGUGGAUGGAAAGACCGAACAUCAGGGACAACGAGACGGUGAAGAUGAUCCUGACGAAGCACGGCAUUAAGAUCAUCAGCGAGAAGGAGACCGCCCUGUAAUCCGGACGAGUUUCAAAGCAGACGAACAAUCAACGAAUAUUUGAGAGAGAAACGACUCGUUGGGGAGACACGCUCACAUUAGUUUGGAACAGAGUCCGCGAAUUAGCUCUCGAACUCUCGUUAGGUCACCUGAAAACUUUUAGCAGACUCGAGACACAGUCGCCUUCGAGGGAUACCGAGAUUUUUCACUUGUACGAUAGCCUAGACGACGAAAUACGUAUCUCUGUAUAUUUCACGCGAGAGGAACGCCAAAGAUGUUACGAUUAUAUACCGCUCCAUAGAUUCUAUUUAAUUAAAGUCAUUUCCCGCGACGAGAUUUUUGGCGCUGCGAACGAAAGGACGAAAUCUCGAAGCGUAUUACUAAGCCGCACACG